ACUUUUCUGUCAGUUCAGGACUUAAUUCCGUUUGAGAUUGUUUAAGUUUCAUCGUAGCAAUUUUCAGUUUGUGAAUUGUGUUAGUAAAUUUUAAGCAACAAAAUGAAAAUAGAAGAAGUGAAGAGCACUGCAAAGACUCAAAGAAUAUCGGCACACACCCACAUAAAAGGUCUAGGUCUGGAUGAAAAUGGGGUUCCUAUUCAGAUGGCAGCCGGUCUCGUGGGGCAGGAAUCCGCUAGAGAAGCUGCAGGUCUAGUGGUGGAUAUGAUACGAAGCAAGAAGAUGGCUGGCCGUGCUUUGUUGCUGGCUGGUCCCCCAGGAACAGGGAAAACAGCAAUAGCCUUGGCCAUUGCUCAGGAACUUGGAAACAAAGUACCAUUUUGUCCAAUGGUGGGAAGUGAAGUAUACAGUACAGAAAUAAAAAAGACAGAAGUAUUAAUGGAGAACUUUCGCCGUGCCAUUGGUCUGCGUAUAAGAGAGACUAAGGAGGUUUAUGAAGGAGAAGUAACUGAGUUGACUCCUGUUGAGACGGAAAAUCCAGCUGGAGGUUACGGUAAAACAGUUUCUCAUGUGAUAAUCGGAUUAAAAACAGCUAAAGGCACAAAACAGUUAAAACUAGAUCCCACUAUAUAUGAGUCUCUACAAAAAGAAAAAGUGGAAGUUGGAGAUGUUAUCUAUAUUGAGGCAAAUUCUGGUGCUGUGAAAAGGCAAGGAAGAAGUGACACUUUUGCUACAGAAUUUGAUUUAGAAGCUGAAGAAUAUGUACCCCUACCUAAAGGUGAUGUUCACAAGAAAAAGGAGGUAGUUCAAGAUGUGACAUUACAUGAUUUGGACUGUGCCAAUGCCAGACCACAAGGGGGCCAUGAUAUUAUGUCUAUGAUGGGCCAACUGAUGAAGCCAAAGAAAACUGAAAUUACAGAUAAACUUAGAAAAGAAAUAAACAAGGUAGUUAACAAAUACAUUGACCAGGGAAUAGCAGAAUUAGUUCCAGGAGUCUUAUUUAUUGAUGAGGUCCAUAUGUUAGACAUAGAAACGUUUACGUAUCUCCAUCGUGCAUUAGAGUCUGCAAUCGCGCCUAUUGUAAUUUUCGCAACCAACAGAGGACGCUGUAAAAUUAGAGGCACAGAAGACAUAAUUUCACCGCACGGCAUUCCGCUAGAUCUGUUAGAUAGACUAUUAAUUAUUCGCACACUGCCUUACAAUAAACCUGAACUGUUACAGAUUUUAAAACUACGCGCUUCGACAGAGGGUAUCGCUGUGGAUGACGAAGCACUGGCUGCGUUGUCCGAAAUUGGUACCAAUAGUACUCUUAGGUACGCGGCACAGCUACUCACACCGGCGUCUUUAACUGCGCGGGCUGAAGGGGCGAGUCGCAUCACUCCGCAACACAUUCGCGCCGUACACACGCUCUUCCUCGACGCAAAGUCUUCCGCGCGCAUUCUAACUCAGAACUCCGAUAAGUACAUGAAGUAAACUUAGUAUACCUGUCUCCUGCAGGCCAGGAAAACUACAAUUUGUACUAAUAAGUCAUUUUGUGAUAUCGGAAAGCAUUCUGGCGUUCAUGAGUUUUAUGCCGUUAACCUACAAUUUUAAUCUGCUACCAUUUUCAAUUAUAAUCUGCACAAUCACUUACACAAUCACAUGACUCUUCAUUCCGAGCAACUAAAAUUACACGAACUUAAACUACGUGUAAGUUAUUCCGCCACCGUUUGUUGAACAAUUUACUUUACCUUUUCAAGCUCUGGAAUAGGUCGAUGUAUUUUUGAAAUAUCAUUUAAAGUUGGUCAUUUGGAAAGUAUCAAAAAUUUUAUUUAAAACAGUUUAUACAAUCCAGUAGUAUUGUGUUUAAUUUUUAGUCCUUUUUUCCGACAUCUUGUAACACGAUUUUGGUGGAUAACGGCAUCAUAGCUUAAAGUCGGCAGCCUGCAAGAUUAAAGAUAACUGUCCAUAUGCAUUGCUAAAAUUAGACAAGCUCUGUUCAGUGCGGAAGGUGAGAACAGCUUUAUAUAUUCAAACGCCAAUUUUUCUAUUAAAUUGAUUCUUUAACACUGCCUAGCAGUCGGCUAUGACUCUGACCACGUGCGAGGGUUUGGAUGCAGCCAAGGCUUUUAACCUAUCAGGCAUAUAUAUAUAUAUAAAUGUAUAAUUGUUUGCUGCAUACUGUCGGCCUCCCAUAAGCAUUAAAAUAUUUUUUAACGUAUUUGCAAUCAUUUAUAUGUAUACAUGAAAGCAGUAAAUAAAUGAACAUAAAAUGGAGUAUAAUGCGUACCGCAAGUUGCGUACGUUCUUUCGAUUCGUGUCUCAUUAAUCAGGUACUGGCCACUAAAGCUAAUUGCGUCUUCGCAGUUAAAAGAAAGCUGGCAGGAAGCCCCACACAUUGUUUGCCUCAUUGUUUUUAAACCCAAAUGUGUAAUUUUCUCAAACAAAGCAAAUUGACUACUAUAUGAAACUGUAGAACGCUACCGUGCGCUGCACAUUUUCAAUGACAGUAUUGUGUUAGGAAAUAAAACUUGUGUAGGCAAAUAACUUGAACAAUGUCAUAGUCUGUGUAAUGGCCGGUAGUAUUAACAAUUCACUGGCUCGCUACUACACAGUCACGAGUAUAGUGUGGGCGCACGUCCAAUCCGUACCUUGUCCAUCACAAGACUACUCGAUGGACAGCUACCCUCUCUGUUUAUGUACGUGUAUGUAUGUGUAUCUAUUUAAUAGAUACAAACUACAGUCUGCGAAGUCGGUUUAUUAGUCUUGGUGGCGGGAACCAUAUGUCUCACUUCGUUUCUACACUCCAAUUCCAUUCUAUUUUUCUAACUUGUCUUAUUAUGUAAACAAUCUUUUCAUCACUUUCAAGUGUAAAGUAUGUUUUAAAAAUGAAAGAAAACAGAUGUGUUGAAAUAAAUUAACACAAAUAAAAUAAAAAGAGAUAUUCUUUAUAAAUGUAUGUUUUAUUACUUUUUAAUAAAUUAAAAACGAUCUUUGCACUAAAAAGUGAUUAAAAGAUUGUUUACAUAGUGAGGCUUGGAAGAAAAAAUGGAGUCAAGUUCACUUCCGGACAAAAUUAUUGCCGCAUCUACAGUAGUACAAAUAUGACAAUUUUAUUUGCGAUUUCAACUUAAAUCCGAUAUUCUGUCACGACUUGCUUCGAAACUAUGAAAUUGUUUAUAAAUAUUAAAAUAGGCUAGUGUUUUUUUAAUGUGCAUGUACUGUUUCAACUAGCCCUCACUACGACAUGGUAUGUUUAAAUUAUUUCCCAUAUAAUAAUUAGAUAGAUAGAUAAUGACAUAGUAUGUCUCACGAAUUUUAAGCUUAAUUUGUUAUGUGCCUUUUGUGUACAAACAAUAAUGUGCUUACAUUAUUGUUUCACCAUGAAUAAGAUUUUCCAUUAUAGAAAUUUGUUUCAUCUUAGAAAAAGUGUUUUGGUUUAGUUAGCAUUAAUUUUCUUUUUGAUUCCUGUGGAAUAAAAUGUUUAAAACACAAUGUUUUUUUUA